GCAGCGGCUCAUUCUCCCUUUCUGUCCGCAGGCUCGGCGAGGACCAGCGCGAGUACGUGGACCGCAAGGGCAUCCACGUGGUCGUCGGGCACUACAUGGGCGAGGCGGCCGCCAGCCCCUCUCUCAACCUCACCGACGAGCUGGUGAACAAGAACGAGUUCUCGCCGCUGCCCCACGAGGGUAAGGACGGCAGCCCCGUGCAGAUCCCCUCGCACAUGCUGACUCGCAUGCAGGCGCUGUUUCGCAUCAACCGCUUCAACCUCAUGGCCUCGGACCGCAUCCCGCUCAACCGCACGCUGCCCGACGUGCGCAAAAAGAAGUGCCAGGCCAAGGAGUUCCCGCUGGCCGGGCUGCCCGACACCUCCGUGAUCAUCGUGUUCCACAACGAGGCCUGGUCCACGCUGCUGCGCACCGUCUGGUCCGUCAUCAGCCGCAGCCCCCGCGAGCUGCUCACCGAGAUCCUGCUCGUGGACGACGCUAGCACCAGGACGUUCCUGCAGCGCGAGCUGGACGAGUACGUGGCCACGCUGCCCGUGCCCGUGCGCGUGCUGCGCUCGCCCGCCCGCGUGGGGCUGGUGCGCGCCAGGCUGCUCGGGGCGCGCGCCGCCCGCGGCCGCGUGCUCACCUUCCUGGACGCGCACUGCGAGUGCACCAAGGGCUGGCUGGAGCCGCUGCUCACGCGCGUCGGCGGCGACCGCACGCGCGUCGUGUGCCCCGUCAUCGACAUCAUCAGCGACGACUCGCUGGCCUACGUGCGCAGCUUCGAGCUGCACUGGGGCGCCUUCAACUGGGAGCUGCACUUCCGCUGGUACACGAUGGGCGGCAGCGAGCUGCGGCGCCGCAAGGGCGACGUCACCGAGCCCUUCCGCACGCCCGCCAUGGCCGGCGGGCUGUUCGCCAUGGACCGCGAGUACUUCUUCGAGCUGGGCGCGUACGACGAGCAGAUGGAGAUCUGGGGCGGCGAGAACCUCGAGCUGUCCUUCCGCGUCUGGCAGUGCGGCGGCUCGGUGGAGAUUGCGCCCUGCUCGCACGUCGGCCACCUGUUCCGCAAGUCGUCGCCCUACACGUUCCCCGGCGGCGUCGGCGACGUGCUCUACACCAACCUGGCCCGCGUGGCGGAGGUGUGGAUGGACCGGUGGGCCGACUUCUACUUCAAGUUCAACCCGGACGCGGCCGCCUUCCGACCCAAGCUCAACGUGUCCGACAGGCUGGCGCUGCGCGACCGCCUGCAGUGCAAGGGCUUCGAGUGGUACCUGGACAACGUGUGGCCGCAGCACUUCAUGCCAAAGGACGACCGCUUCUUCGGCAAGGUGCGCAACGCGCGCACGGGAGACUGCCUCGUGAAGCCGACAGGCAAGGGCAGCCUGAACCAGCCCAUGGGCACGGCCUCCACGUCCAGCUGCGGCGGCGACGACGACCUGGAGCUGGUGCGCAUGUUCGUCAUGACCAAGGAGGGCGUGCUGGCCACGGACGAGUCGGUCUGCCUGGACGCCCCGGAGCGGGAGCUGCCCGCCGAGGGCCGCGAGCGCGUGGGCCACGUGAGGCCUCGCGCCAGGAUCAUGGCCUGCAGCGGCCGGCCCAGGCAGGUCUGGAAGCACGACACCCAGGACCAGAGCCUAAGGCACGUGUCGAGCGGGCUGUGCCUGGACUCGCCGGAGAACAGUGACGAGGAGGACUCGGUGCUCGUUCUCAACGAGUGCAACGGGUCGACGGGCCAGCAGUGGACACUCGAGAAAGUAGCCUGGACCUGAUGAUGUAGAGUUUGAGGAUUUGAGACUGAUAAUCUUAGUCGGUGAUCUUCUCUGUUGUGUUGAUAACUUCUGUGAUCUCGCGUUAGUGCUUUCAGUGGACCAUACAAUAUACUGUGGGGAGAUUCGAACACAGUACAAUAGUGUGAUGUGUGUUAAAAAUGACAUCAUCUUGUAAUCGUAUUAUGGUAUAAGCUAUAUUUGUAUAUAUUUGUAUAGCAGCUUUAGAACUCCAUGGUAUUUAUUGUCACCCUUGGUCUUAUAGUAAUGUGCUAUUUAUUGAGAUCGUAACUGUAUUUUUUCUGUUGCGAGUGACUGAAGAAUCUGAUUUAGUCAGUGAUACUUAAGUAUUUUGCCUUCUGUGAUAGUAAGUUGCAGCGGAGCACUUAUUACUAAUAAGUAAGAUCCUAGAUUACUUUUAUGUGAUAGACAAUUCUUCAAUACAUACGGUCAGCACUAGAUUAUCAACUACCUAACUUAUUGGUUUCGAAAUUGCAAAUUUUCUCAAAUUUCCUUUGGUAUUAAAUGAAAUAUUUUGUAUUCACCUCUCUAAAUAAUUCACAUGUAAAGCUGGUAAGGCUUACCAUUUGUGCUGUGCUAAGAUUUAUCAAUGUAUUCCAUGCAAUAUGUAACUACAGUAUUAGUAUGAAUGAUUUAAAAAAUCUUCAAAGAUGUAUUGAAUUGUUGUUUUUAAUGAAAAUGACUAUCAUUUUGUAUCUCUGGGAGCCAGGAUAAAGAUGAUGCAUGUAAGAUUCAAAUGUCAAAUAAAUUUAUUUGCAGGCAUAAGAAAAGAUAAAUUCUUUCUCCUGAGAUGCAACAAGGGGUAUAUAUGCUUUGUUGAGUUGUUAAUUUCAACUUCAAGUUUUACAAUAAUCAAUAAUUGAUGUCUUACUUGAGUUCAGCAACAUCAACAAAACAGUGUCAAGUAGGUCCAGCCUUCAUAACAAGAUAGAUUUCUUCACAGCUAUACAAAAUUUAAAUGUUUACAGAGGAAGGUAAAAUUAUAUGGACCAUAGGAACACAAGUAAGUGGAUAAAAAAAAACAA